GAAGUCCAGACUGCACCUACUGCGCAUGCGCGGCAGCUCCGCUCUCAAUCUAGCGCUGCUGCGUUUUUCUGUCCAUAAACACGAUGAACAAACUCCUGGAUAGCUGUUAUAUGAAAGCAGCUCCCCUCUGUAAUCUACUCUAUGUGUGAUGGCGACCACGGACGAGGUCACGGUGUCCAUGGCGGAGGUGGUGAUGGUGAAGGCUGACGGGGAAGGUGACCCUGAUGACCCUAAUAAGACUCAGGUCAUCCUCCAGCUCCAGCCAAUCACCACUGGGGAUGAAUCUGCCGAAACAGACGCAGCUGUCAUGACCGUUGAAACACAUCAAGAACAUGCUGAUGGAGAUGAUGUUGAAAUAGGCUGUCCCAUAACAUGUGGCGACAGUAAAGCCGUGUUGCUGGUGAAGAAAUUCGUAUGCCCAGGAAUCAAUGUUAAAUGUGUAAAGUAUGAAGACCAGCUGAUCAGCCCCAAGCAGUUUGUGCACAUUUCUGGAAAAGCCACUCUGAAAGACUGGAAGAGAGCCAUCAGGAUGGGUGGAAUCAUGCUAAGAAAAAUGAUGGAUUCAGGUCAGCUGGAUUUCUACCAGCACAGCACGCUGUGCACCAACACAUGUCGCAGCACCAAGUUUGACCUUUUAAUCAACAACACGCGGUUCCCUCCUGACGGCUCUGGACUGACCACGCCGACAUCCUCCCAAGUGGUCCUGGGUAAUGGCGGGACUGUGGGCGAGGACAGAGCAGAUGUUCUGAGUGGGAAGAUGGACUGGAUUUCAACCUCGCUGGAGGCUGCAGAAAAGAAGGAAUCUAAUGAGAUCUCAGAGGACACGCUGAACUUCUGGAAGGGCAUCGCUGAUGUGGGUUUACUGGGUGAAGUGGUGACCAACAUCAGCACAGAGCUGGUGGAGCUGCUGAACGGCGUGCAGCAGCGCAGUGAGCCCGCUGGCCUACAGGACACAGAGGUGGCGGUGCUCAGUAACCUUGCCCAAGUGUUCGGCCUGCUCGACUCGGUCAAGAAGACGCUGGAGAAGACGAGGCAGCAGACGGAUCCCAGCCAGGAGGAAAUCCUCAGCACGCUCACCAACCUGGACGUGCAGUUGGAGGAACAGAAGAAGCAGCAGCAGGUGCGAGCUCUCCUGUCCUGCCCGCAGCCGGCCAAAAGCAAAACUCCCACCAAGCGCCAGCCCAAACGACCCCGUCUCCAGAGGCCCACCUCCACCACUACCCUCCUGACCUCCCCCAUCAACCAGCAGACCCUGCAGCCCCAGCAGUUCACCGUUCUUUCCCCCAUCUCGCUGUCCUCUGUGGGUCAGCCGUUUACCAUGGCCGGCCUGCCCCUCGCCUCCCUGGGCCAGUCGUCCAACACGGUCACCCUGCUCCCCGCCGGCUCGCAGUUCUUCACCCGUUACAUGGUGACCGGAGACGGAAAAGGGGACACAAUCACCUUGCACCCAUCCUCGGGCCUCACACUGGUGGGCACCACCAUGCAGGACUCCAGCCAGUUGGGCACGGUGGUUAGCCCCGUGGAGCUGCUGCACCUGAGCCAGCAGGCCGGCGGCUCAGAGAUGGUGCCCUUAGAAGGCCAGGUGAUGGACGGCACCAUGCUGGUGCAGCAGGAGGUGAUGCAGGCCGAGGUGGAGGCCAGCCAGGAGCACACGGUCAUUGAGAUCGACCCGGCUCCAAUGGAGCAGGGGGUGGGAGUGAUGGAGCUGCAGCUGACCGGGGAGUCGGGCCAAGACGGAGCCACCAUGAUGGUCCAGAGCGGGAUGGAGAUGACGAUGGCUGCGGGGGGAGGAGACGCAGUGCCAAAUGCAGGAGGCGCAGACUGGGGGGGUUCAGGGGCUGCAGCUGGACGCCAGCGGACAGUUGUCAGGGGUUCAGAUAGUGGUGAUAGAAGACAAUACUCAGGAAGAAAACAAGGUCAAAUGAGACACGCCUCCUAUUUUAAUCCAGCAGCGCAGGUAUGGACUCGUACUGAGCUAUCACAGACUUGUGAAUCUGUAAAUACAUAGAAUUUCCAAAUCCACAAUUUGCCUUGGCCUAAGACCAAGCUCUAGGGGUAGCCAUUUUUCCUUUUUUUUUUUUUUUUUUUUGUGUGUGUGUGU